AGGAGGUAGAUGUGUUGCUAGCCUGACAGUUGCCUGCGAUAUUCAUUGGUUGAAUUGUCCAACUCAUGGGCCAGAUAUCCCUGACAAACUGCUGACAGCUCUCACAAAAUUUUUGAUCACCAUUGAGUGCAAGAGGGAGAAUGAGAAAAUUCAAUAUCCUGAGCACCAGUCAGCGAAUGCCCUCAAAAUUGUCCAGCAAGCCGGUCGAGCUAAGUAAUGGUGACGUAUUUGUCCACGUACUGGACUUCGCUCGAUUCACUGAGGAUCCAUGUGGAACAUCCUGGCUCGUAUUUGUCAGAGGAACGGCUGGAUCAUGGGGCGUGGAAAUUAUUAAGGCGUUUAAAACUGUAAUUCCAUGUGGGGAAGUAAGUGGACUGGUUCAAGUGGAAGUCAGUGACCCCAUGCAAGAGGAGAGAGUUGACAUGUUGAGGGAGGCAAUGAUCUUUCAGGUAUCCGAUGCUGCUAGCAAGCAGAAAACCCGAGGAGAAAAAAUUGGUGAAGAGGAAAUAGUCGUUGAGGGAAAAGAACAAAUUUUUACUCUUCUUGUAUUCGAUGCACAUAACUGUAUUGAAAUCAUCCACCAUGAAGAAGAAAUCGGUGGGGAGGAAAUGGCUGCUGGGGGAGAGGUAGAAGAAAUUGCUGGGGAGGAAAUAGCUGCUGGGGGAGAGGCAGAAGAAAUUGGAGAGGAGGGAAUGGGAGAUGAGGGAGAAGAAGAAGAUGACUUUCCGGAAAACUAA